GCUCGGCGGAGGCAGCGCUCGUGCUCGCGGCGUCAGCCUCAGCCCAUCCAUCUACGCACGCCGCGGCUUCUCCGUCUCUGCUGCGCCUGAGGGGAGGGGAGGGGAGGGGAGGAGAGGAGAGGAGAGGGGGCGCCUGGCCUGGCCUGGCUCGGCUCGGAGGGGCUGCUGAGGGAAGAAGAGGAGGCCUCGGUAAAGAAGGAAGGAAGACAGGCCCCGACUGCAGCCACUGGGCCAUGAGCCGCACGUGGGGUCGCCUCUGAAGCCGCUGCCCCGGACGAAGAGCAUGCUCUGGUCCCAGCCCGGCUUUCUCCAGGAAUUGAUGCACUUACAAUUGACGAGUCACUAUGCUGCUCCACCUGUGUAGUGUUAAGAAUCUGUAUCAGAACAGGUUCCUGGGCCUGGCUGCUAUGGCAUCUCCAUCUAGGAAUUCACAGAAUCGGCGCCGAUGUAAAGAACCGCUGAGGUACAGCUACAACCCAGACCACUUCCACAACAUGGAUAUUGGGAAUGGCUCCCAUGAGACGGUUACUAUUCCACGUUCAACCAGUGAUACAGACUUGGUCACUUCAGACAGCCGAUCUACACUCAUGGUCAGCAGCUCCUAUUAUUCCAUAGGACAUUCACAAGAUCUGGUGAUUUAUUGGGAUAUAAAAGAAGAAGUAGAUGCAGGGGACUGGAUUGGCAUGUAUCUCAUUGAUGAAGUCUUAUCUGAAAAUUUCCUUGACUACAAGAAUCGUGGAGUGAAUGGCUCUCAUCGAGGUCAAAUUAUCUGGAAGAUUGAUGCCAGUUCUUACUUUGUAGAAUCUGAAACAAAGAUCUGCUUCAAAUACUACCAUGGAGUGAGUGGGGCACUGCGCGCAACAACUCCCAGUGUAACAGUGAAGAAUAAUGCAGCUCCUAUUUUUAAAAGUAUCACCAAUGAAGAUUCGGUCCAGGGACAGGGAAGCAGAAGACUGAUUAGUUUCUCAUUGUCAGAUUUCCAGGCUUUUGGUCUUAAGAAGGGCAUGUUUUUCAAUCCUGACCCUUACCUAAAGAUUUCAAUCCAACCUGGAAAGCAUAGCAUCUUCCCAGCUCUUCCACAUCAUGGACAAGAGAAGAGAUCGAAGAUCAUUUGUAACACUGUCAACCCCAUCUGGCAAAGAGAGCUGUUCAGUUUUGUUUCCUUGCCCACUGAUGUCCUGGAAAUAGAAGUGAAGGACAAAUUUGCAAAGAGCCGGCCCAUCAUUAAGCGUUUCUUGGGGAAGCUUUCCAUGCCAGUGCAACGGCUGCUGGAGAGACAUGCCAUAGGGGACAGGGUUGUCAGCUAUACCUUGGGACGUAGGCUGCCAACAGACCAUGUCAGUGGCCAGCUGCAAUUUCGGUUUGAGAUAACUUCUUCAAUCCAUCCAGCAGAUGAUGAAGAGGUCUCCCUUACUGCCGAUCCCGAGUCAGCCGAUUUCCAGGAAAGCCCCCUGAAUAUGUCAGCAGAGGAAAUCCUCGGUGAGCCUCCGUGCACCAGCACAGUGAGCUCUGAAAGUGCAGCUCCAGAGAAGCUAAAUGGAUACCCAGUGAUCUGCAUCAAUUUUGAUAGCUCUGGUGCCGGGGAGCUCACCCUGAACAGCUUCCUAAAAGAAGAGCUAGCAGGAAAUGGGGAGGUGGAUGCAAUGCCAGCAGACAUGGUUGAUCCCUUGGAAUCCAUCCCAGGGGAAAUGAUGCCUUCCCUCAGUGCUGUGGACCUCGCUGAGCAGCUGGCUUUGUUGGCAUGCAUGCCCCCUGAAUCUGAAGUUAGGGAAAAUAAUAAAGUCAAUUCCGUUACUCAGGGAGGCAGUGAUAACAUCUUUACCAGCAUAGAAGCCCUAUCUAUUGAUGAGGUGAGUGGAGAUACACAAACUGUCAAGGAUCUAGAGAAGAGUCAGGAUGAUGAAGGGGCUUCAGCCCAGGAGGAGGAGCAGGAGCAGGAGCAGGAGGUGAUGGAGGAGGACAGCCAUGAGGAGAACAAGCUCCAGUUACGGACCAUGGUUAAAAGGAAGAACAGACCGUGUUCCUUGCCUGUGUCAGAACUUGAGACCGUCAUAGCCUCUGCCUGUGGGGAGCCUGAGACUCCUCGGACACACUACAUAAGGAUACACAAUCUCCUUCACAGUUUGCCUUCUGCCCAGAUGAGUAGUGAUGAUGGAGAAGGGGAGGAGGAGCAGGGCAGUGUGAUAGAGAAUGAUGAAGAACUGACAGUCAGGGAAGUUUCAGAGAAGGACAUGGUCAGUGAGGCUGAAACAGUCAUGGCAGAACCUCCUCAGGAAAGCACAGCGGAAGAGACCUUUGUCCGUGGAACAGUGCCUCGCAGCACCUCUGUUGAACACCUUGCUGACUUACGUGAACCAUUGUUGGAUGGGGAAGGGCCCAGAACUGAAAGUGAGAGUGAAUUGAGUCCCAGGCCAAAUGGGGACACUGAGUGUGAAAUGUGUGACACGUCCUGCUACAGCCCAUCCUGUUACAGCACCUCCUGUUAUAGCACGUCCUGCUACAGCACGUCAUGUUACAGCACUUCUGGUCAGGACAGUACCAAUCGGUUCUCAAGCCAUACCCGGUUCUCCUCUGUUGACAGUGCAAAAAUUUCCGAGAGCACAGUUUUUUCUUCACAGGAUGAUGAGGAAGAGGAAAACAGCGCUUUUGAGUCAGUGCCAGACUCGGUGCAAAGCCCCGAGCUGGACAGGGAGCAAGUGGAUGGCUCCACUCACUGGCCUGAGGAAAUGAUAGCUCGUGGAGUGAAUCUGCAGAGAACAGCAGAAAAUGUAGAGUCUCCAGUAGCAGGUCCCAGCAACAGAAGAGAAGGUGAUUGCCCUUUACUCCAUAAUUCCCAGCCAAUCAACCAGCUUCCUUCCCUGAGGCCUGACCACCAUCAGUACCCAACCAUUGAUGAACCUCUUCCUCCAAACUGGGAAGCUCGCAUAGACAGCCACGGAAGGGUGUUCUAUGUUGAUCAUGUGAAUCGAACCACAACGUGGCAGCGUCCAACUGCAGCAGCUACUCCUGAUGGAAUACGUAGAUCGGGUUCGAUCCAACAAAUGGAGCAGCUCAAUCGGCGGUACCAAAAUAUUCAACGGACUAUUGCAACAGAAAGGACAGAGGAGGAAACAGUUGUUAGCAAUAGGGUGGAGAGGAUCCCUCCUGGAGGAGGCAGUGAUUCUGAGGCAGAUCCUUCACCACCAAAUUCAGAGCUUAGAAGAGAAGUUCCAGUUUCACCUGUAAAUUCUCAGAAGAUUACUUUGUUGCUACAGUCUCCUGCUGUAAAAUUCAUCACCAAUCCUGAGUUCUUCACGGUGCUACAUGCAAACUAUAGUGCCUAUCGAGUUUUCACCAACAGCACCUGCUUGAAGCAUAUGAUUCUGAAGAUCCGCAGAGAUGCUCGGAAUUUUGAGCGGUAUCAGCACAACAGGGACCUGGUAAAUUUCAUCAACAUGUUUGCUGACACGCGGCUGGAACUUCCACGGGGCUGGGAGAUCAAAACUGACCAGCAAGGCAAGUCCUUCUUUGUUGACCACAACAGUCGUGCUACCACCUUCAUUGAUCCCAGGAUACCACUUCAAAAUGGUCGCCUACCCAAUCAUUUGACUCACAGACAGCACCUGCAGCGUCUCCGUAGUUACAGUGCUGGAGAGGCAUCAGAAGUAUCUCGCAACAGAGGUGUUUCUCUAUUGACCAGACCAGGAAACAGCCUGGUAACAGCAAUUCGAAAUCAGCACCAUCAUGAGUCUUUGCCUCUGGCAUAUAAUGACAAAAUCGUUGCAUUUCUACGCCAGCCCAACAUUUUUGAAAUGCUGCAGGAGCGUCAGCCAAGUCUGGCAAGAAAUCACGCACUCAGGGAGAAAAUUCACUAUAUCCGGACAGAGGGUACACAUGGUCUUGAAAAAUUGUCCUGUGAUGCAGAUUUAGUAAUACUAUUGAGCCUUUUUGAAGAAGAUGUUAUGUCCUACAUACCCCUUCAAGCAGCUUUCCAUCCCGGCUACAGCUUUUCCCCUCGCUGUUCACCUUGUUCAUCACCUCAGAAUUCUCCAGGUCUGCAACGUGCCAGUGCAAGAGCACCCUCUCCAUACAGGAGAGAUUUUGAAGCCAAGCUCCGCAAUUUUUAUAGAAAACUAGAAGCCAAAGGAUAUGGCCAGGGUCCAGGUAAAAUUAAAUUGAUAAUAAGGCGUGACCACCUGCUGGAAGGCACUUUCAAUCAGGUGAUGGCGUAUUCACGAAAAGAGCUCCAAAGAAAUAAGCUCUAUGUCACAUUCGUUGGGGAAGAAGGCUUGGAUUACAGUGGUCCAUCCAGAGAAUUCUUCUUCCUUCUGUCUCAGGAGCUCUUCAAUCCGUACUAUGGCCUGUUUGAGUAUUCCGCCAAUGACACUUACACUGUACAGAUUAGCCCCAUGUCAGCAUUUGUAGAAAACCACCUAGAAUGGUUUCGGUUCAGUGGCCGUAUCCUUGGCCUUGCUCUUAUUCACCAGUACCUUCUUGAUGCUUUCUUCACAAGGCCAUUCUACAAAGCAUUGUUAAGGCUGCCGUGUGACCUUAGUGACUUGGAGUAUCUGGAUGAGGAGUUCCAUCAAAGUUUACAGUGGAUGAAAGACAACAACAUCACUGAUAUCCUGGAUCUCACUUUCACAGUUAAUGAGGAAGUGUUUGGACAGGUAACAGAACGGGAGUUGAAAUCUGGGGGUGCAAAUACACAGGUGACUGAAAAGAACAAGAAGGAAUAUAUUGAAAGAAUGGUGAAGUGGAGAGUGGAAAGAGGGGUUGUUCAGCAGACAGAGGCUCUAGUCCGUGGCUUCUAUGAAGUUGUAGACUCAAGACUUGUUUCCGUGUUUGACGCUAGAGAACUAGAAUUGGUUAUAGCUGGAACUGCUGAAAUAGACCUCAACGACUGGCGCAAUAACACAGAAUAUCGGGGUGGUUACCAUGAUGGGCACAUUGUAAUACGGUGGUUCUGGGCUGCAGUAGAGAGAUUCAACAACGAGCAAAGACUACGGUUACUACAGUUUGUCACUGGGACAUCUAGUGUACCAUAUGAGGGGUUUGCAGCCCUCCGAGGGAGCAAUGGCUUACGGCGCUUCUGUAUAGAGAAAUGGGGGAAAAUAACAUCUCUUCCAAGGGCACAUACGUGUUUCAAUCGUUUGGAUCUUCCACCUUACCCAUCAUAUUCUAUGCUGUAUGAAAAGUUGUUGACAGCUGUUGAAGAAACUAGCACCUUUGGACUUGAAUGAGAGAGAAAAAUGGAAGCAUUUGAAGUGUUUUUUCUGGUCAGUGACAUCACUCCCUACCCUGCUGCCAUAUGAUUUUGAUAUUCUGUGUUUUUAUUUCCGGAGGCAAAAUCAAGAUCGACAAAAGCUGUGCAUGAAGAACAGCCUUCCUUUAAGAACUAGCCUUCAUGCUUUCAUAUUUGGUUAUGAAUGGACAACUAGCCUGUAUGCAAUAUAAAAAAAAAACAGUCUCAAGGUCUCUGUGUAUCUCCACAUACCUCCAUUAGUAAUAAUGAAAAUAUGAAUGCAAGUUAUGCUACACUUGACCAAAUGUUAAUAAAUGUUUACGUCCACCUAUGUUGUUUAAAAAACAAAAAUCAAGCAUUCCAAGCUUUUCUAUGCCCAUCUCUUCUGGAUUAAACCCACCGUUCAUCUUGCGUCUUAACAGCUCUAUCCACUAAUGGAACUGAUCAAGAGUCUCCUUCAUCUGUCCUUGAUUUUCUUGUACAAAUUGUGAGGGGCACCUAUGAGCAAACCUGAAUUUUUAUACACAGACUCAUAAUCCAGAUCAACUACAGCAGCUGGAGUUGGGCCAAAUGUGUGGUGCAGAUAAGACGUUCAAAACAAAACAAACCUGCAAUGCAAUGCAAUGUGUCACUGAUAGUUAAUUGCCAAUACUGGGAAUCGUUGCACUUCAGAGCUAUUGAAGUGUGGAUGGGAGAUAAAGUUUAUUGAAACAGCAACACACAGGAAGCACACAUUUGUGCACUCCAAAAGGAUGUCUCAUUAUGUAGCAUAAUAAACAACAACACCUGUCCUGAU